AUGUUCAAUCAUAAUAAAGUGAACGAUUCAUUCUCAAUCGCCUUGGUGCUCAGUUUUAAGUUUGAAAAGGGUAUUGGAAUAUUUAAGUUCAAAAUGUUCCCAUUUACUAAAAAUUUAAGAGAGAAAUCAAUGAGAAAAAGGAUAAAACGAUUCUUUUUGUUUCAUUUGACUGUAGUUUAUGUAGGUAUUUGUAGUCUGUCUUUCCUCAUGCUUCAUUAUACCCAACCUUCACCUUUAAUAGAUGAAGUGUUCCAUAUCCCUCAAGCUAUCAGUUAUAUUAAAGGAAAUUUUACUGAGUGGCACCCAAAAAUUACCACAUUACCAGGCCUAUAUCUGUCGACCUCUGCUGUUUUCAAUGUAAUUGCCUUUGUAGUAGAUGUUCCAGUGGAAUCGUUAUGUCAACCGUUCUACCUCCGUCUUUUUAAUCUUUUAUCUUCUGUGUUUACUAUGCAUGUAAUAUAUUCAAUAGUAACGUUUGAUGAUUUCUCUUCUAGAAAGGUGUUAAAACCGAAGAAAGCCUUCUGGGUGACCUUCAAUUUAUCUAUAUUUCCUAUCUCCUAUUUUUUCAACCACUUCUAUUAUACCGACACAUUUUCAACAUUGUUAGUACUAAUGAUGUACAGGCAACAUCUACUAAAUAAUUUUGGAAAGGCAGCUUUGCUAGGUCUGUGCUCAAUUAUGAUUCGCCAAACUAAUGUUAUUUGGAUUGGCUACCUGAUAAUUGAUGAAUCAUUCCAAAUAUGUCAGAAAAUGUUACGUAAAAGAAAGGACCAUAUUCUUAUUAAUCCAAUGAAGGCAUUCAGAAAGUUAUUGGAUGAAUACUUACUCAAGAAUUAUGUGGCAAAUAGUUUUAAAAACUCCCGUUAUUAUUUAUUAGUAUGCUUAUUAUUUUUGGUUUUCUUGUAUAUAAAUAACGGUAUAGUAAUUGGUGAUAAAGAAGCUCAUGUACCAGUUGUGCAUUUGUGUCAAAUAUUUUAUUUUUCAGUUUUUACAUUAAUAUUUGGGUUUCCCCAUUUUAUUCCAUCCCUUAAAGACUUUCUUAAUGCAGUUAGGGAAAACAAAAGGAUUACUUUGAUAAGCCUUAUUGCUUGCUUAUUGGUUAUUCAUUUUAAUACAAUGGUCCAUCCUUAUAUUUUGGCUGAUAAUCGCCAUUAUACGUUCUAUGUUUGGAAAAGAAUUUACGAAAAGUAUUUUCUUGUCAAAUACCUCCUUGCUCCAUUGUACCUCUUUAGUUUGUAUGCUAUAACUAGUAAUCUUGAUGUAUUUAAAAUAGUCCAAUUUUGGAUUUGUACAUUUAUUUGUCUUGUACCCCAAAAAUUGUUAGAGUUGAGAUAUUUUAUUGUGCCUUAUUAUAUGCUGAGGCUCGAAAUCAAUUAUAACAACUCAUGGUGCACAGCUGUAGAAUCAUGUUGGUCCGUGCUCAUAAACUGCGCGACUAUUUAUAUUUUUGUCCACAAAGAAUUUUUCUGGCCAGAUUCACCUGACAUCCAAAGAAUUAUUUGGUGAUUGAAACAUGUGAAGAAUCCUACUCUUAAUAAGCUUUUAAUUUUAAUUUUUAUUGUUCAUAUUUCAUACAGCUGUUAUUUAAAGGUAAAUAAAACUACUGUGAUAUACUACCUUCUUUGUUUGUAAUUGACUGUGUUCAUUUUUAUUUAAAUAUCUUAUCGUUUUCAGAAUUUUCAAUCAAACUUAUAUUAUGUUCAUUAUUUUAUCUAUACAAAACUGUUCUAUCAUUUUAUGUAUUAUUUUAUAAGUGUUAAUAAUGUGAUGUUUUUUAGUAGUUAUAAGAAUUAAAGUUCCUAUUUUUAAUAAACAUUAUUUGUUUUUAAGUUUAUUUUCAUUUAAGUUGGUUUUAGCCCCUUAUUCAAAUGGUUCUAUGUUUUGAAAAAUAAGUUCAAGUUACUUUCAUAACUUAUUUAUAACUUUUUGAUCAUUUACCUUGAUGAUCAAAAUUCCCUCCUUUCUAAAUCAAUUAAAAUUGGUACCCAGAGAUUAAUUAUUUAUUCAAUUUAUUUAUGCCGUGUUGUGCC